AUGGAGACGACUGAAGAACCAGUCUUCGCUCUGCCGAGUGAAAUAAACGACAUGGAUUAUGAAGAACUGAUUCAAUGGUUCAAACAGUUUCUCAAUAUCUCUAACUACGAAUUCUACACUGCAGAAGACCUGGCUGUGUCCGUUUCUGUAAGCAUCUAUACGUUGACCGUAAUAGCGAUAGAUCGGUAUUACGCCGUACUGUAUCCAAUGAAAUUACGAAUGACCAAUCAUCGAGCCAGAUAUAUUAUAGUCGUCAUAUGGCUGCUAGCUGUGUCUAUGUCUGCUGUACAGUUGGUAACCGCGCGUGCUUCUCCGUAUGAACUGAAUGACGGGGAUGUUGAAGGGGAUACUGUUUACUUCUGCUAUGAGCGUAUGAAUCCAGAUGUGGCAAAAGCCUAUGAGAUGUUCAUUCUGACCAUAACAUAUGUGAUGCCUCUAGUUAUCCAAUGCUUCGCGUAUUACAACGUCGGAAAACGGUUAUGGGGGAGACAGUUGCCUGGCAACGCCGAUGAGAGUAGGGACAUUGCACAUAAUAAGUCGAAAAAAAAGAUGAUCAAAAUGCUGGUUACCGUGGUUACGCUCUUCGCCUUGUGUUGGCUACCAUUACAAGUGUUCAAUGCGGUUCACAUUUUUCUGCCAUAUUUGUACCGUGAUGUCGACUCCCAAAAUAUAAUGCGAAUCUGUAAUAGUUGUUUUUUGUUACUGGCUUGUGCGAACAGUUUCAUGAACCCCUUCGUGUAUGGUCUCGUCAAUGAUACGUUUCGGGCUGAUUUGAAGAGGCUUAUUCUCUGCAGAUCCAGGAAUAGGAAUACAUUUCGUAACAGCGGUGUCUCGCAAUUCACCCGAACCACAAGAAAUACUUCGUGGAAAAGGUCAAGCAACACCGAACAAUCAACACACUGA